GCGCGGUGCUGGGCUGCUAAAACGGGGCGCAUGCGGACUGCAGGUUGUUUGUCGUUGAGGCGGCUCCAGUGAAACGGCGGGGCGGGACUGACGGACUGACGCGAACGAGAACGAGCUUCUCCGUGAGACGCUGCGCUGCCUGUCCCCCUUUCGGUGCACGGUGACUCCUGCCCGCGUCCUCUGCCGCCAUGUACCGGUACCUAGGCGAGCUGCUGGCUCGAGGGGCCGCCGCUUCCCUGACGCCCGCUGCUGAGGGCGGUGUACAGCGCCUGGGCGGCCCGGCUGCCCUGCACCAAUGCCGGCGUUACUCCAGCGAGCCACCCGCGGCCACGGCGGAGGCGGAGUGCAACGAGCAGGACGACCCCAACUUCUUCACCAUGGUGGAAGGCUUCUUCGACCGGGGGGCGAAGAUCGUGGAGGACAAGUUGGUGGAGGACAUGCGGAGCCGAGAGUCGGACGAGCAGAAGCACAAGCGGGUGCGGGGCAUCCUGAAGAUCAUCAAACCCUGCAACCACGUCCUGUCCAUCUCCUUCCCCAUCAAGAGGGACAACGGGGAGUGGGAGGUGAUCGAGGGCUACCGAGCCCAGCACAGCCAGCAUCGGAUGCCUUGCAAAGGAGGUAAGGAAGAGGAAUGAAUGCACGCCGAGUUG